CCCCCCACCCCUUCAAUUAAGACAUGUCAAAGAUAUAAUAUUUGUGAACAGAUCACCGGAGAGACGGUGGGAGAAGUGAGAGCGGUGACGGGUAUGCACCAGAGGAAGGCAGAAAUGUCCAGACAAGCGGAUGCAUUCAUAGCUUUACCCGGUGGAUAUGGGACUCUAGAGGAACUUUUAGAGGUCAUAACUUGGGCCCAGUUAGGCAUUCACGACAAACCGGUGGGCCUGCUGAAUGUAGAUGGGUACUACAACUCACUCUUGAGUUUCAUAGACAAAGCUGUGAAUGAGGGCUUCAUCUCACCAUCUGCCCGUCACAUUCUGGUUUCCGCCCCAACUGCCCAAGAACUCAUCUCCAAACUCGAGGAUUAUGUUCCUAUACACGUCGAAGAUGCCCCGAAGUUAAGCUGGGAGAUGGAACAACAAUUGGGCUACGCCACAACCAAAUCCGAAAUCGCCCGUUGACAAGAGAUCAUUUCUCACUAGUGU